CCGCAGGAUCCAUACGGGUAACGGACUCCUGCAAGAAACACCCGUGGCUGUGCGGCCGGGCCAUCCCUGUCGUUGCCCCAACACCCCUGCGCCGAGAGUGCCCUUGCGUCUCGUUACCUCAACGCGCCCCCUCUCAAUAUGCGGCUCCCCAGGAUCAGACGACUUUUCUGAGCAACAUUCGCGUGCCCGUGAAUAGCCUCUGAAGGCGACCGAAGAUUAUCAGGGACUGAAUCGUCUCACACCUUAGCCAUGCGGCCACUGAGAGCCGCAGGCGUCCCUCGCAGAAGCGCAACGACUGCCUGCUUUUACACUACAGCGUCAUCUCGGCUACGACGGCCGCGUGUUCACGAAAAGAAGAGGCCGGCUGAACCGCUAGUACCAUACUCAUGGCGGCCUUUCGAAGUGCCAGAGGUGGUUCUCGACCUUGAUAGUUGGGACAGCCCAAUUGCACGGCCGUACGAUGAGAAUGAGAUGCACAUUCAGAGGAAAAAAUGGGAAAAGAUGCCCCAGGUCGACGCCACGUGGCAACGGAUCAAGCACUUCGAGUAUGAACGCCAGCGCAAUAGCGAAAAGUUCGCCCAGCUCAGCCCCAGUAAUCCCUGGUAUCAACACUGGCAGGUCACGGAUCUCGACAUCAUGACGGCCGCUCUGAGAGGCGGUUCGCGAGUCGGCCCGCAAACCCAGAACCGCCAGCCGGGGGGGAAGCCGCAUCAGAAUGAUGCUUGGAGUGAUCUGAAGUCGGUUGCCUCGAAGAACGCAAUCCCGUUGACCACCCUUCAAGACGAUCAGAACUUCUUGAGCUGGCUGCUCCAACGAAGAUCCACCACAGCUUUCUUACCACUGAAGCAACAACGGAGCAUUAGUGCAUUGAUUCGACGACUGGCAGAUCUCCAGAGCGUGAAGCGCUACCUCCAAUUUCUACUUCAAUAUGGUGAUGAGGGGCUUCAGCUCAUUCACAACGCGGAUCGAGAUAUCGCUCUCGCAUUAUCUCGGCUCCUCUCCAAGCCCUCCGGGUUGCGGCCUUUCGCCGACCUCUUGCCCAUUCUCAACAGCAUCUUUGCUCUUCAGAGAAAGCACGGUUUACCUGUCAGUCCGGGUCUCUGUGGUAUCUGUUUGGUCAUCUCGGCCAAGGCAUACCAGCUACCGGCAGUCUCGAGAUAUCUCAAGCUUGGGCUGAAAGAGGGUCACUGGGUUGGAAAGGGCUCAUCCGCUUCCGAUGUCAAGACUGCAGUCAAGGCGCUGAAUCGAUGCCGGGGCGACAGGAAGCGCUUCCCAGAUGUGGACCGUUCUGGAGAGAUCAUUCACCGUCUACUCGGAGAGGGUUCGGGGGAGGAUAGUACGGCUUCCUUCAAGGUCAUUGCGCAGCAUCAUCCGGCAGACGAAAGGCUGAGGGAACAGUUGUUGGAGUUAUCACAACGCGUUGCUUCCGCCCCGAAAUACCCCCCCCCUUUCAUGAAUAAGACAUCUCAUGUCUUGGCGGAACAAAGUUAGGGCUACCUGAAAGAAGCAGAUACCAAAGAUACGGAUGCACACAGCAUAAUCAACCACCGGUGUGCAUAAUCAACCACUCGACUAAUAGGAGUCAGACCAAGGUCAAGGUUGGGAAGCGGUGCUGAUAUAUACCAAACCCCAUCGUAGGAGUGUCACCCUCAAAUACCAAAUCUCAUUGCUGUGCUCCAUACACCCCACGUGGACCAAGACGCGUACUUCUUAUGACUGCCUUGCUCGACGACUUGCUCAUUCUACGUUGCACGU